CAGUUGGAGUUGCGAUGGUCCUUGUACUAGCAUCCAAUUCACAGAGAGAACGCAGUAACCAGCGCAGGUCGUUCUGUGAGCGACACACAUCGAAGAGAGGAGAUACACUUCCAAUGAGGUAGCCUGACGAAUCAAGUUGAGCCCUCGAGUUUUGCGUGACAUUUCGAACAAGUUGGAAAAAACAUCAAAGGUUUCUAAAGGGUAGAACAGCCCUCAGCCCAUCCCUGUAGCCGCAGGACCAUGUGCCAGUGAUGACUAGCUGUUGUAUUCCAGAGGCCCACCUUGGAAGUUAGAGGAGAGGCUCCGCCCCAUCACCAUGAUGGCAACGUUGCCGCGGUACGCCACCCCCAUGUCUGUGCCUGGCAUGUUGCUCCUCCCCCUGCUCCUGCUGCUCCUCCCCAUCGCGCUGUCCCAGAAACCCCUGCUUCUCUCCCCACCCGACCCCACGCCCGCCCCCCUGUACCUUUCCCGGCCGGAGUGCACCCGGAGAGAGCACCCUGUGGUCACCUUCCAAGCCCUGAGUCCUUGGAUCUCUAUUUUCUCCCACCCGGGCGUGAGAGACUACUCCCAACUGACCCUUGAUCUGACCAGGAAUGAGCUGAUAGUGGGUGCAAGAAACUUCCUCUUCAGAUUGAGUCUCAACAACGUGUCUCUCAUCCAGGCAACAGAAUGGAUUCCAGAUGACGACACCAGGAGGUCCUGUCAGAGCAAAGGGAAGACUGAGGUAGAGUGUCAGAACUACCUCCGCGUGCUACUGGUCAAUAAGACUGAGGUCAUCACCUGUGGAACCAACGCCUUCCAGCCCCUCUGUAUCACCCGGGAGGUGGGGAACAUGUCCAGCGUGUUGGAUCGUGUGAACGGCGUGGCACGGUGUCCGUAUGACCCUCGCCAUAACUCCACGGCGGUGGUGACGGAGAGUGGUGAGCUGUUCGCCGCCACUGUCAUAGACUUUUCGGGUCGCGACCCCGUCAUCUACCGGAGCCUAGGAGGCAUGCCACCCCUCCGGACUGCCCAGUACAACUCCAAGUGGCUCAACGAACCCCAUUUCAUCUCAGCGUACGAUGUGGGUCUCUUCACCUUUUUCUUUCUGCGUGAGAACGCUGUGGAACACGACUGUGGGAAGACUGUCUACUCCCGGGUGGCCCGGGUCUGUAAGAACGACAUCGGGGGACGGUUUCUACUGGAGGACACCUGGACCACCUUCAUGAAGGCCAGGCUGAACUGCUCGCGCUCAGGAGAGAUCCCCUUCUACUAUAACGAGCUGCAGAGCACCUUCUAUCUGCCAGAACAAGACCUCAUCUAUGGGAUAUUCACCACCAACGUGAACAGUAUAGCAGCAUCUGCAGUGUGUGCAUUUAACCUUAGCUCCAUCACCCAGGCCUUCAACGGGCCCUUCCGUUCCCAGGAGAACCCCCGCUCUACCUGGCUGCCCACCCCCAACCCCAUCCCCAACUUCCAGUGUGGGACCAUAGAUGAUGACGGCGGUCCUAACGAUGGUCUGACGGAGCGCAGCCUCCAGGACGCCCAGCGGCUGUACCUGAUGAACGACGUGGUGCAGCCCGUCUCUGUGGACCCCUUGGUCAUGCAGGACGAUGUGCGCUUCUCCAGGCUGGUGGUGGACAUCGUACAGGGUCACGACACCCUCUACCACGUCAUGUACAUCGGCACAGAAUACGGCACCAUCCUGAAGGCCCUGGCCACCACCAAUAAGAGCCUUCAGGGGUGUUACCUGGAGGAGAUCCAGCUCCUCCCCCCUGGGGUGCGGGAGCCAAUCCUGAACCUGCAGAUCCUUCACAGUGAUAGGUCACUGUUUGUAGGACUCAACAACAGAGUUCUGAAGAUUCCAUUGGAGAGAUGCUCCAACUACAAGACUGAGACGCUAUGCCUGGAGGCACGGGACCCCUACUGUGGCUGGGACAGAAAACAGAGACGCUGCACCACUCUAGAGGACAGCUCCAACAUGAGCCAGUGGAGUCAGAACAUCACUGUGUGUCCGCUGAGGAACCAGACCACCAAUGGCGACUUUGGACCCUGGACGGCGUGGCAACCAUGCAGCAAUGACGAUGGCGACGGCACCAGCUCCUGUCUGUGUCGCUCCAGGGCGUGUGACAAUCCCUCUGCUCGCUGUGGUGGGAGGAACUGUGAGGGGUCCACCAUCGAAGUCUCCAACUGCUCCAGAAACGGAGGAUGGACACCAUGGUCGUCAUGGGGACAGUGCAGCACCACCUGUGGAACAGGGUUUGAGAUGCGCCAGCGCUCCUGCAACAACCCCUCGCCCCGACAUGGGGGACGUGUGUGUGUGGGCCCGGUCAGGGACGAGAGGUUCUGUAACGAGGGUGUAUCGUGUCCCCAGCCUAUCUUCUGGUCCCUAUGGGGUGCCUGGGCUAAGUGCAGUGCAGAUUGUGGAGGAGGGGUCCACUCCAGGGUCAGAAGCUGUGAGAACGGGAACAGCUGCCCAGGCUGCGCAUUGGAAUACAAGGCAUGUAACCUGGAGGCUUGUCCAGAGGUGAAGAGGAACACCCCUUGGACCCCGUGGAUGCCUGUCAACGUGACGCUGGGCGGAGCACGCCAAGAGCAGAGGAUGCGCUACAUGUGCCGCGCCCAGCUGGCAGACCCCCACGAGCUGCAGAUUGGACGACGCAAAGUAGAGACCCGCUUCUGCCCCAAUGACGGCAUGGCCACCUGCGAGACUGACACUCUGGUGGAGGACCUCCUGAGGACCCCUGUGGUACGAGUGGCGGGCUCCGGCUGGUCGUCAUGGGAGACGUGGUCCACCUGCUCCCAGGACUGUGCCAAAGGGUACCGUACCCGCAAGCGCACCUGUGCCACGCCAGAGGGCAAGGUUGCCCCCCCAGCCUGCAGGGGUUCGCCCGUAGAGUACCAAGACUGCAACUCUAAGGCCUGCCCAGUGAGUGGAGCCUGGUCCUGUUGGUCGUCCUGGUCUCAAUGUUCGGUACCCUGUGGUGGAGGGCAUUAUCAGCGUACCCGAUCCUGUAACAACCCCAGCCCUGUCAACGGAGGAGAUAUCUGUAUUGGCCUGCACACUGAGGAAGCGCUGUGCAACACACACACCUGUGACGACUGGUGUGGGGAGAUCAGAGAGCACGAGGAGCAGCUUCGGCAGCCUGUGACUGAAAGGCUGACUGAUAGGAGAGGCGGCUGGAUGGCCUGGUCUCUGUGGUCAGCAUGUGAUGACGUAGGGCUGCAGGUACGCAGCCGGGUCUGUGGGGCUCAAGGCUCCUUCCCCUGUGUGGGAAACAGCACUGAGCACAGGGACUGCAACGACAUUCCAGUGAUUCUCCCUGCGUCUGGCUUUGAUAAGGACCAGCAAUGCAGAGCAUUCACCUCUCUGCACCUGAUAGCCACAGGUGUGUCCUGUUUCCUGGGGGCGGGCCUUCUGUCCUUCCUGGUCUAUGUGUACUGCCAGCGCUUCCACAAGCCCUCGCAGGAGUCUGCCGUCAUACACCCAACCACACCCAACCACCUCAACUACAAGGGCAACACCACACCAAAGAACGAGAAGUACACGCCCAUGGAGUUCAAGGUAUUGUCACAGACUCUGAACAAGAACAACCUGCUCCCAGACGAGAGGUCUAACUUCUACCCAACGCCCCUGCAGCAAACUAAUGUUUACACUACCACCUACUACCCCACAGCGCUGGGCAAAUACGACUACAACAGACCUGACUCCUCCCCUUCCCCUUGCAGGACCUAUAACCACAGCUGAGACACACACCCCAAGGACCUCAGCCCCACCUACCUACCCAGACUGAACUGAACUUCACCCCCAUCACCAUGGUGACAAAUGCCAUGGUGACUGAACACAACCUAAGACCUGAAUCUCAUUUUUGCUCUCUUUUCCUUUAUCCCAUGGUAUCGCCCAAAUGGUGGGGUGUGUGUGUGUGUGUGUGUGUGUGUGUGUGUGUGUGUGUGUGUGUGUGUGUGUGUGUGUGUGUGUGUGUGUGUGUGUGUGUGUGUGUGUGUGUGUGUGUGUGUGUGUGUGUGUGUGUGUGUAAGGGUAUACCUGGAACGUACUAUCAGCACUCUGUAGGGGUGGAUACAGUAUGGAUGCUGAUGCCUCCCCUAGACUCACUAAGUAGAACCAGGAACCUGAUCGUGGUACCGGACAUCACAGUGUCAACGUAGUGCUUUGAUGGAGAGCUGAAUGAUGAACUCUAUAAGACACUAUAAGCUACAGUAGGGAGUUGGACAACGACUUAUCCCUGUGGAACUUGACAACCUGAGCGCCUUACUGUAGGUGUUGUGUUGCUAUUCAGAGAGGCUAGAGGUGGCCUUAAGAAAUACUCAAAAUGGCCGCAUCUUCUCCUCUCUGGUCUGUCUGGUCACCUCUAUGAAUGAGUCUCUAUGACACCAACAUCCCCUCUGUUUGCAGCAUUUAUCCCCAUUAUUAACUCAGAAUUCUCCCAACAACAAAUGCAGUUACCCAGAACAACCCAACCGGCGCAUAUCCUGGUGUCUGUCCUUGCUUCAGUACAGUGGUUGCAAAUCGUGAGGGAACCAAAAAAAUUACUCAAUUAAUUCAAGAGAUCAACAUCAGUUAUUUUGUGUUUGGAGGUGGAUGGAUGAAUGCACUCAGCUCACCUCAUCACAUGACAUGAGGAGGACAAGAACCUGGGACUUCAGCUCUGCCAUGUUUUUGGGUGGUACUAGAGGACCAGGGGAACAGAGGCACAUCCAUGGAUGGCAGCGUGUGAUCGGUUAUGGAAAAACACUACCUAUAUUGGUCCACACAGAUACAGACAUACUCAUUGCUGGAUAGACUCUAGUUUUAAUCUGCUUAUGUCCAAACAAGGCCCCACACAUCAGGCUGCCUAGCUGUGUUAUGUAAUGUAUAGGUAGGCUUCCCAGGGAACGAUCUGAACAUGGGAUAGAGAGCUGAGAUGUCUGACUGAGAGAGUUGGAAUCAGUUGAUGGGAUACAGUAGAUACAGAUUUGGGUUGCAUCGGGUGCCUGUCUGUAUGCAACAGAGAGGAUAAUGUGGGGUCAGAUUCGAUAAAGACUUCUAGAAGGGAAUUACCUUGAUUCUAGAAGGGAAUGGAUACAUUCUACUGAGUACUGAACCUACCUACUACCGCUCAGUUUGCAGAACUGGACUUCAACCGCAUUUUGAUAUGAUAUCAUACAAGCUAGGAUAAUAAGCUAGUAGUGUGGCACCUUUUUUUAAGUGGUUUUUUUAUGAGGGAGGUUAUUUGUUUAAUGCUAGAGAGAGAACAGUAGUAUAGGAGGAAAAGUUUUAUUUCACAAAUAAAAGAUGAUUCACUUUUUACUUUCUCAUCAGUUUCACAUCACAAAAUUCAUUAUUUUUUACGUUUUUCAAAGCAGCUUAGUAGCCAAUAUGUAUCUGACAUAUUUUACAAAUCAGAACAAAAAAAUAAAACACAGAUUUACGUAGAAGCAAAUAUAAGUCUGACUGUAGCAAAUAUUAAUGGAUCCCUCUCUUAACAUUGCUAAAUCAUGCUUAGAAAUACUUUGGUAUGAGAUUAAUGUUUUGCUUGUGUGUGUAUGUUUGCUUGCUUCGUAUGUGUAUGCCUGUGAGCUUGAAUGAGGAGAGGAACAGACAACUCUAUGUAUUUUGUACAAUGUAAAUGUAUUGCUUUAUUACAUAUGACUGUAUAUGACGGGAUCUGUAAAGGACUAUGUGCAUUCUUUCACACAUUAUGAUGAUGGCACUUCUGAUGUUCCGCAGGGUUUCUGUGUGUUCCUCGUAUAAGAUGUUAAUCAUUGUAAGUUAACGAGAGCUGCGCGGUUCUCAUGGGGAAGCUUGGAUCAUAAAGGAAUUUGAGAAACACAACUGAGCUAUAUUUUCUUAUUAUGCCUGAUGUUAUGCUAAUUCAGCAGCGAUGCUUCUAGUUCCUCUCAUAGAAAUAGAAGGAUUUUAUUCUAUCAUUCUAAUUCUAUAGUUCCGCUAUAUGCACGAGAGCUCUAUCUGUACAUAAGAGACAGCCUUCAAUCUGCAGACCAUUAAUGACAUCUAAAGGUUAGUAUAAUGUAAAUGUAUAUUAUUGUAUAGCUAACACUGUUUUUUGUUUGUUUGUUUUGUUUGAAGCCUUAUAGUUGUAAAAAAGUGCAGCAGCUAUGUACACACCAACCAUGGGGUUUGUAAGGGGAUAGAGCUUGUCAUUGUGACUGGUUGACUACGGCCUAGACAUCUUUUCCAGGGAUGUAAUCAUUCCACCGAUUCUAUUACAAAAUGUUUCGCAAACUGAAGCAAACGGAAUGAAACGAAGAGGGACGUACAUGAAUUUGUCGAAUAAAAGCUCUUGUUUUGCUCUUAAACGGUUUCCGUAAUGAAUACACAACUGCUGUUUUGUUACUUUGUGCAGAUGUACAGUUUGGCUACAUCUUGUGUAGUAUCUUAGAGUAACAAAGAUAGCCUGUCGUUUUAGAGACACUCAUGCCAGUUUAAUACAGAAUCAAUGUCACCACCACAAUAAAAAAAUUAUAAUUAAAAGCCCUACCUUAAUAAAAAAUGUAAAACAAGAACGUGAUACAGCAAAUGUACAACAAAGAGUCAUGUACAGUAUUAUCAUAGUCCAUUAGCUAGCUCAAAUUAAAUAAAAGUAAUUCUGCUGUUUAGAGGACUUAAAGUAACACUUCCGUCAUGUGGUUUUCCUUUUCCCCACAUGCCUCACCCACGUUUCUUGGGUUUGUAAUUGGCUCCCCCUAAAUGGUGACUCCCUCUGAUUUGCUGGCCCUGUAGUCACUUUUGAUUGGACAAGCUGGAUGUCACAUUGUGGAGCUCUGUCCCCUGAUUGGCUCGGUGCCCUUCUAUGCAACUGACCUGUUGGUACUGUUAGAUAUGUGACGUAGACUGUAAUCACUGCCUUUUAGACACUGUGAAUUUUUUGGUACUCUAUAUUUUUGUAUAUUGUACAUUAUAAAGGAUAAUAAACCUUGAUGCCAACAU